GCGGAGGAGAGGAGGAUGCCGGUGCCGGGUGGAGGCGACAGGUGGCGGCGGCGGCGGCGGUGGCCCCCGGCUAAAAGCAGCCACCGCGCCAAGCACGACCCGCCGGCGGGACACGGGGCCGCGGCGGGCAGGGGCGAUGCGGCACCAUAAAAGUCAUGGCGGGGCGGCGGGGCGGCGGCGGGCGCCAUGAAGGCCGGCGGGGGGGCGGCGGCGGCGGCGGGCGAGGGUCCGCGUCGGGCGGCGGCGGCGGCGGCGGCGGGGGGCGGCGGGCGGCGGCGGCGGCGGGGGGGAGGCGGCGGCGGGCGGCGGGCGGCGGCCAACGCCCGCGAACGGGACCGCACGCACAGCGUCAACACGGCCUUCGGCGCCCUCCGCCGGCUCAUCCCCACCCGCCCGGCCGACCGCCGCCUCUCCAAGGUGGAGACGCUGCGCCUGGCCUCCAGCUACAUCUCCCACCUGGCCAACGUCCUGCUGCUGCAGCGGCGGCAGGCGGAGGGGGGGGACGCCCCCCAGCCCUGCCCGCAGCCCGCCCCGCAGCACGGCCCGCAGCCUCCGCCGCCCGCCGCCGCCGCAGCCCCCGCGCCCCGGCACAUCUGCACCUUCUGCCUCGGCGAGCAGCGGAAGCGGCACCGAGAAGGAGAGAAACCGCUGUCUGCUCCAGCUUUAGGUGGACACUGAAUCGGCUGAGACGCUCCCACAAAUCUUGCACUGACUGUACAACUGCCGUAGGUAACAUCACCGCACUCAUGCUAUAUGUUUACAUUUAAAUAGCGCAGUCCUAAGAGAGUUACUUUUUAAGCCUCUGCGCUUUGUUUCACGUUGCGACAGGUUUAUUCAGGGUGUUUUGCAAAUGAAAUCAAACGCUGUUGAGAGUCAGUGGCACCUGGUGCAGCAGCUAUUUUAGUGGGAGAAAUGCUAAACCGAAGCAGCCAAGCCCUGAUCCUGGUGUCUCCUAAACCUGUGUCACAUGGUGAAACUUGAACUUCCAAGCACACAGCGUCUCCUGUCAGGGGAAAAAGCUGUCACGAACGGGUCGUGCUGUACCCCUUCAGCCCGGCUGGGGCUGCACGCAGCGGCUGCUGCCCACUCCUCCAGCUCUCGGGGUGGGGAGCCGGUACGGACAGCUGACAUGCUUGGGAGGCUUGAAGGAUGCUGGGGGAUUAUUUUAAGGCGUUCACAGAAAGUUGGGAAACUUUCCAGUGAAAGCACCACCAUUGGCUGUGCGCGGAGGCACAGCAGCGCAUCGGCACGGGACGCGGCCAGGACAGGAGAGGAAAGUGAAGUGCUGCGUAAGCGAUGCUCUUUUCUUAUUAGCGGUGCAAGUUGUGCCAGUCCUUUAAAUAGCAUGGGAUAUUCCUGAAUCUGGCUGGCAAGCAGGGGGUGGGGAGGGUUUCCCAAGGACUCUCUACAUUUACCCGUCACCCAGGUCAUUCCCAAAUUGUGCCUCUACAUCACUGAUGUCAUUUAUCUCCCUGCAGGUUAUUAACUUGUAUACUUUUUCUUUUUAGAGGUCUAAAAAGCAAAUAUGCAUGUUAUAUUUUCAGGUUUGGACGUUAAUGAAGGCUAAUAUAAAACCCCAGUAAUGGUGGGUUUUAAAAGAAUACAUAGUUAGUUUAAUUUUGCAACGGUUUUUAUAGUAAUUUAUAAUAUAUCUAAUUAGGCCUUAAUUAAUCUUAACUUUGGGAGGCGCUCUGUGUUCUUUAAAAGCUUGGUAACUGUACCGCUCUGAGACGUGCUGCAAAGCGUAAGUGUCUGGUUUUGCCUCCCCUGGUGCCAUCUGUUGGGUUCUCCCGGCCAGCCUCGCCGCUUCAGCCAGACGUGAGGACCGCAGGGGCAGCGCUGCCUUCCUCACUUCACUUUCUGUGUAGAAUUUCCUCCCCUUCCCCUAAGUAAGUGCAUUUAUUAAUGAAGAACUUUAGCAAGAUCUUGGUAUAUUGCUCAUGCAACUUCACGUUUUCAGUUUUCCUUCUCCCCUCCCCAACACGCACCAACCACCUUUCUGUUACCACCAUGAGGAAAAAUAUGAUGUACCUGCAGAACCUGCUGUAAACUGCUCCUUUAAAACCCUAAUCGAGAAGAAUACUGAAGCAAAGUUCCAGCGAUUCCACGUCAUGUAGGUCUAUUCACUAAUUAAAAGCCACAUGCUGUAUUUUCCUGGAUUGAGAAGAGUUUUUAAUUUUUAAAAGGUUUCUAUCAUUAAUUUAAAAAAAAAAAAACCACCAACUUUAAAUUGCUGCCAGGUUAUGAUCUUUGCUUUGGCAUCGAUUCGUGAAGCUGGAACUCUGUCAUGUUUAUACAAAGUGCUUUUUAACUUUUGUAUUGUGUCGGCAUUUGUGUGUGUGGGUAUAGAUUUCUACAAACAUGCCUUCCUGGCUUUUUUUUUUUUUAAAUGAAUUUGAAAAAGUUUGUCUUUUACAAAUUUAUUUACCUUAUAAUUAAAGCUGAUCUCUUACAUUUAAGCGCUACAUUCUUAUGAACACAUUAAACCAAAGCACCUGCCCCGCUUUACAGGCAAUUAACACUAAUCUAUUCAUUUAGCUGUGUCAUUCAGUAUGAUACCCUAAAAUGGCAAAAAAUAAUGCAUUUUCAAACAAAUUUAGGAAAAUUUUGCAUUGAGCAUGGUCUGAUUUUUGCAAUUCGUAAGAAAGACAAAUUAAUUGUUUCAGGUUCUCAAAAUGUGACUUUUUUGCAGUUUUAAGAGUUUUGAGCAUAGUACUUGGCAAAUGCAGCCAAUUAAAAUAAAAUUUGGAUUUUAUAGGAUAUCUCUGUACUUAGUGAUUGAAGGAAAUGAGUAUAAAAAAGCGAGGUCCACUUUUGCACCACAGUGUUAGCUGAAAGCUCAUGACCUGAAAAUCUCCUGAAUAAUUUGCACCAUCCUACAGGAAUUUGGUGUUCUCACUCUAAAUGGGAUUUCAUCUCCCUGGUUUUGUAUAACGUUUAUACAGAAUGCUUUCCAAUGACAAAAGCAGGAGUAGGCUGUUACGACUUGGCCAUCUCUCCUCUUUAAUGUGGCUCAGUGUAGCAUUAAAUUCUUUUCUCUUUACUCAGGAAAAAGUGUUGAAUUCAACUGGGCUUGAAGAUUUUGGUAUAAUGCUCGGGGUUUCAAUUACUACAUAAUACUGGAAUUUCAGUAACACUGAUUGAUUGUGGCAGAAAUUAGGCCCCAGAGCACUGUAGCCCAAAUAUUCAUGGUGUAGACAGAUAAUAUCUAUCCAAAACAAUUAUGACAGUGAUUUCUGUGAGGAACAGACCCCAAGCCUGCAUUUGUGUAUAUGUUACACUAUGUAUUUAAAUGGAGACAAGCGUGGACAGAUCCUUACUUUUGCUGACGUUUAUUUAUGAUGUAAAACUUCUCUACCCUCAGGAGCAAAAAAAAGAUACAGGACUGAGCUGUUACUGUGUAAAGCGUUUUCUAUAAACCUAGGGAAAAAGGAUUUAAUUUCUAGAGAGACAGAUGAAUUGAGUGCUCAGAUUUCACAUAUAAAGAGCUCACUCAUCAUUAGGUAUUUUAUUGAAUUUUUACUGUAUGGGUUUGUGUGUCUCAUCAGUUCUAUUCUUUUAAUCAUUUCACAGAGAGGCAUUGUUCAUGGCAUUCACAAAUAUAUAUUUAUAAGCCAAAAUUUGGAGGGUGUCUAAAAGCAAGUACCUUACUGGAUGGUCAGGCAUUGGAACGAUGUGCGUUUUUCCAGAGGUGCCGAGCACCCUCUUGUUCUGCUGAAGACAUUGGGUUUUUUGACGUAUUUGUAAGUGCAUUCUGUUCUGUAUGUAUGAACAGGGGCAUGCCUGAUGCCGGUCCCACCUUUGUUUUCCUGUAAACACUUGGCUAUUCAAUUUACGUGAUGCAUGAAUAAAGCAGCAAUGGUGAGAUACACACCAUUUGAUCUUAGAUCCUAUUAAAUGAUUGUUAAAAUAUUCCAAGCAUCGUACUUUGUAUAAAUCAUUGUACUCUAGCCUGCUACAUCACAAUAUAAAAACAGCAUCAAGCAAAACGAAUAAAUCAUGUUGUUUGAUUUUACUGGUUAAGUUUAAAGAAGUAUUUGAACAUAGUUCUUGGUUAUUUAUAAAUUAAUCAUAAUGUAAGUCAAAGUACUUUUGUAUGAUAGCUACUAUUUUCAGUUCUGUUCUACAACGUGGAAGUUUCCUUUCUAAUACCUUCUGGGAAAAUCUACUUCUUUACAAAAAUCUGUAUUUGUUUGCAAAAUGUGCUUAUAUUUGCUAAAAUAAACUGUAUUUUUGUUACUAAUUUAAACAAUAUGA